AUAGAAAGAGGAAAGCGAGAGAGUACAAGAGAAAGAAAGAGAGUUUGUCAGAUGCAAAGAAGGCAAGGCAGAGAGCAAAGCAAAGGAACUGGAAAAGAUCAAACAUGGCCAGACAGAAGGCGCAGACGAGUGAAGAACGACAAAGAACCUGGCACCGUGAAAAGUCAGUUCCUGACAUCCCAAAGCCUAGGAAAGGCAGUAAGAAAGGUGCAUAAGAGCCUUCCCAAAAACCCCGAAAAAGUUCCUGAACUUUCAGUAGGGAAACUGGUAUAUCAACUGUCACCUCAGAAGCGCAAGGCAGUAAUUUCAGUUUCUGACAACAAUGCAAAGCGGCGCAAGGUCGAAGGAGAACGAGUUAAAAGAUCAGAUUUUCUUUCAGAGGAGGAAAUAAGGCAAAUUAAGGAGUUCUAUCUGAGAGAAGACAUAAGCAGAAUUCUUUCUGGAAAAAAAGAUAAAGUGUCUGUGAAGGUUGAGAGCGGCAAGGAAGCAAGACAAAAGCGAUUGCUACUAGUAAAUCUGCGCGAAGCACAUGCUUUAUUUAAGAAAGGUUCGAAGUUGAAGGUUGGAUUUUCCAAGUUUGCGUCUUUGAGGCCUCGGCAAGUGCUGCCUAUUACCCUUCGUGAUCAAGAAGUUUGCAUGUGCAAAUAUCACGAAAACAUAGAUCUCCUCCAUACUCUUACCACCACUAGUCUGGUAUCUUCGCACUACAAAACAGCAGAAUAUCUACUAAAUGCUACAGUUUGCAGCCAAGAGGAAAGUAAGUGCUCAAAUUGUGGUAUUGACCGAGUUGUAAAUGAGCUUUUCAAUACAGAUGACGAGCUACCUGUCUCAUGCUACCAGUGGCGCACUCCAGCUGAUAGCAGAGUAAAGAAGCUACUUGUAGUCAGCAAUGUGGUAGGAGCAAAAGAAGACCUAAAAGCGCAGCUUGCUCCAUUUGGAAGGCAUGUUUAUAAUGUCCGCCGACAGUCUCAGGAGCUAAGACACCUGAAAGAUUGUCUUCCUGCUGGCGAGUUUAUUAUUCAUGAAGAUUUUGCCUGGAAUUUUAAGCUUAAACAUCAGAAUGAAAUCAUGGCCGCAUACUGGUCGAACGAAAGUGUGACAAUCUUUACAGCUGUUGAAUAAUUCAGAAACACAAAAGAGGGAGCUAUCAAGCAUGCCUCUUUUGCUGUCAUCAGUGAUGAGAUGUCCCAUGACAAGAGCACCAUUUAUACAUUUAACAGUGCUAUCAUCGAUUUUUUGAAGAAAGUGACAACAAUUACGAAAGUUCACUACUGGAGUGAUGGGCUGUCGUCACAGUUCAAAAACAAGUAUAAUCUACGUGCCAGCAAGUUAACAAGACAAAGAAAACUGUAGAUAAACAACGCUCACCCCGAUCCUAGCCGCUGUUGACAGCGUUUGCAAGAAGCGACAAAAAAAAAUUUCUCAUUCACGGCGAGUUGACAGAAGCAAAUAAAGAUCUACUUUUCUUUUCAAAAGGGGUAGUGAUUUAAGCUUUCCUACAAACCAUUGAUGCUAAAGCUUACAAAAAGAUUAAAAACUAUGACAUGCCAUGUUUGAAGAUACUGUAAGCUUAAAGAGCCUACUUUCGCGCAUCUUCUGUUUACGGCUACAUGUUCUCGCAUGAUUUUACUCGUCAAUCAAACUAAUCGUUUUUUAAUGGUUACCUUUCUGAUUCUGCUGAGAUCACUUCGUGUACAUAUACUAGAACAAUUAUUCGUCAAAACUGAACAGGUGAGUUCAUGCGUAAAAUGUAUGCAGCAUCUUGAAACUUGUUUACCUUGACAGCUGAAGCUGUGUGUCAACUUGUGAUGUUUUAAACUGUCUUUUCCACUGAAUGUACAACAUGAAAUUCAGCUGCUAUCAAAAGUCUUCUGUUAGUUUGUUUAUUGGGUUUUUGGUUGAGAAAUACGUCGCUUGUCAAAGUCGGAAAUCCGAUUUUGGAUGGCAUCGUUUUCGUUUUUCACCUUGCUUGAUGCGUAAGAGGGUUGAACAGUCUGAAGCGAUUCUGGCCUUACUUGAUAGUUUUCAGUGCAUCUCGAAUGGUAAGCCUGAGUAAUUAUUUUAUUUGAUGUUUGUUUUUUUUAUAUCUAAUUUAAUGAAGUCCAGCGUAGUUUAUGGGGCUAUUUAGUUUAUGCACGUUUGUAAGAUUUGAGACAAUGAUCUGACCGAGUAUCAGGUUUGAUUAUAAGUUUAUAGAACUUUAAAAAGCCCUCUGACAUUUUCUCACUGCAAAUAGAAAGAAAACGUUCCAAAGAAUAUUUAGUUAUAAUUCUGGCUGUAAAAGAAAGCUUUGAGCGAUUUUCUUGCCUCGAGGUCAUCUUUGAAAAAAGCAAACACCGGGAAGCCGACUUAAAACAUAAACAAGGAUUUUCAGAGACACUUUAAUACUUGUCUUCGUGAAUGAAAAUUGUUGUCUCUGUAUGUGUUUCACCGAAUUAUUUUCCCUUUAUUAUUAAUUUUUAGUAGUCUCUUUGCAAUUUUAAUCGCUGUGCCGUUUGUUUUCAGUCGCUCGUGAACAUCGCUUGCAGGAGUAGUCAAAAUGCCACUCGUAUCAAAGGCUUUUGAAGAUUACACAUCGUUAUAAAACCAUUAGAUAAAAAAUAAACAUAUUAAUAAAUUCUUUAUUAUGUUGAAGCGUAUAACUCUAUUAAUCUUCAUUUAAACAGUCGACUUUGGCGCUUUGCAAAAGUGAGAACCGGCUAGCCGUAUAGGUAAUUUUGGAAAUUUUUUUAACGGUUUCGCUAAAAGCCCACGCGUGCUUCGAUCGUGCUGAAUAUUGAAUGAGUGCAAUUUGUAUUGGAAAAUUGUGAAAUACUGCAUUCUGUCCGAGGUCUGUAUGAUAAAAACAGCGCCUCAUGGUACUAUUUCACCUCAGAUGUGAUGUAUAAAAAGCAUAAAAGGUUGGUUUACACGCCCCCAGAAUUGUUAGCAAGAUUUUGUGAAGCAAACUUGUCAAACGCAAAAAACUCGGCCUGAUUUGUUUUCCAGGCCUAAUCUACUGUAAUCAAGUGGCAUUAUGGCUAUGCUAUUUUUGGGUGUACAUAUAAGGCUAUCAGCUCGAUGUAAGAUUAAGUUCACUCUUAGCUUGGACUGUUUCCAAAUCAUUUUUCUCUAAAAUCACUUAGCCUUUCCCGCGAAAGUAACAUGAAUGUGCUCUAAAGUUAGCUGAUUUGUGGAAUACAAGUUUAUUGUUUGAUUUAAAUUAUAUAUAAAUUCGAGUUAAGAGGAGUUUCGCUUUUAGUCCUGGCUAAAUCUAUAUAUUAUAUACACAGUUAUACGCACCUUAUAACCUCAUCUGCGCUUAACAGGUGUCUUUUGGUCCAUAACUUUCAAAACAACUGCUCCACAGAAUGUCACUGAUAACACGUAACGCAAAAGAGUAUCGAAGUAUGACUGCACAAUAAAUGUCACAAAAUCUACCUAAGCGGUCCCUUCGGGAUUUUCUCUCUUUACUUCAUCCUAACCAUUUCGUAUUUGCUGGAGUAAACAAUAGAAACGUCAUCAUUACCUACCGAUUCAUCGCGGCCCCUGUUCAAGCUAAUCGAGACUUUUUUUCUGGCAUACUGACUGUAUACUUCAACUGUAAGUACUUUCUUUAAUAUACGCGCGAGUUACUAGAGUGCCUCUUCGAGAUUUCGCUUUCUGGGCGAAAUCCCUGCGGGGACAAUAAAAGUAAAGCGCGCGCUCUGAUUGAUCAGUUAGCCGUCUGCCAUUUGCCUGUUGGUGCACGCCAAGGAACUGAUUUAGCGCGGUAAAAUUGAGGCAAAUUCAGCAAAUCUCCUCUCCUGUCACUUUAAAUUGCACCGAUAAAAUGUGCAAAUGAAAAGUGGAAGUUGAAGAAAAACAUUCAGUUGUCGUUUUAAAGAAAAUUCAAAAGGUUAUGCGACAAAUUUGCCCUGGAGAAAUUUAUCACUGUUUUCGUCGCGAGUAGGAGCUCAGAAGAAAAACCGGGUGGGCGCAGUUUUUUGAGGAUUUAAGCCCGAGACUUUAAAGUACAUUUUGUGUGUUUUUAUAGAGGAGAAAGUCUGUUUUGAAAUGGAAAUUUAUCAAUUAUCAGUGUGUUAUUGUCGUUUACAAUGUGAGUCGACUUGAUGUUAAAUUCAAGCAAUUUUUUUAGGAAACGCGCUCAGAUUCGAGACAGCUUUGUUGUGUAGCUUUCAUCUCAUCGAUUAAAAAUUUUAGUGAAUUUGCGGACACAUUACGCUAAAAUUGUAAUGCGAAUUUCAUUUGAGUACAGAAACAUUUGGUUUUUCAAAUAAAUUUUUGAAAAAUGACUUGUUUGUUUCUUGUUUUGUUUAUGUUCAUACGUAACUGUAGUUCAAAGAACGGUCUUAAAAAAACAACAUCUAGGCCUGGUUCAGAAGCCGUACUUUUCAUGAGCCGAAUCUAACAUUGAAUUAAGUAUAUGAAAAGUUCGGCCUCUGAAUCAACUAGGAACGCCUGUUUUAAUUUGGAACGGCUCAGCCAUUCUUUUCGCCUAGCCCGGCUGGGAAUUUCGCCUUUGGAGCGACUUUGGAACGCCUUUGAUUGAGACGCAGAACUUUUCAUGUACCGAUUUUAAUGCAUAAACUCUUAUGACGUAUUUUGUAAGCAGUUUGACAGAAAUGAACAUUUUUCUCCUUCCGAAUUUAGUUCGGCUGGAAUUAAAAUCGGCGUCUGAAUCAAGUCAACCGGUCUAAAUAAUUUCGGUCGGCCUUAAUUCGAAUUAGGUUCUGCUCACGAAAGUUCGGCGUCUGAACCAGGCAUUUUUGCUCACGCAUCGCUUCAACGUCGGCUGUGUCGGCGAAUUCUUGCUAUUUUGACUUUCAGCUUGAUUUUCCCAGACAAAUUACAAUACAAAGAUAGUUAAUUUCGCUUGAAAAUUAGUGUUAUCUCUUGUUCUAAAGGAAAUACAGUCAAUUUUUCUCAUUUCUACGUCAACGUUUAUUGCAAAAAUUGUCACACAUCUAAGCUUAAGCUUAUUUUUUUAGAUAGUCUAAUAGUUAGUGUUUAUAGUCGCAGCUCUAGUUUUCCCUCAAAUUAUUUACCCUAACAACAAGAGCAAGUAGACAGAUGCCAUUUAGAAUAAAAACAAAAAACGUUUUGCAAUUUACCCUAAGACGGAGAACGGUUGAUUCAGCGAAAAAAAAAAAAUUAAAGGCACGUUUUUGAAAGGCAUGAUUUGUUUAUGCACGGAAAGAUGACAGCAAACAUAUCAACUUGUCUAUAGUGCCGAUGACUCAACCGAAGGCAAAUGGAAAUGUUUUCUCUUUUGAUUAUGUUAUAAAAGAAAUGGUAAACGUUGCAGCUGUGCAACCGUCGAGUCAUGGAUGCACUUGGGAGGUUUGCUAAGCACAACUCACUUUGACUCUGAAGAUGUCUACCGCACAGGUUGGCGAAACGUCAGGACUACGCUUACCAGGACGAUCAUGCUUCACUUACAUAUGAAAUGACUACUGGGUUCAAACCUUUCACUGUUUUUUAAAACAAGCUCUUUAUUAUCGAAAAUCGCCAUGGUUUAAGGUCACGGCAAAAAGGCAAGAGAAACACGAAAGAUUUUAGAUGGUAUCUCAUUACACCCACAAUCCCUCAAUCACUCGCGAUUCUGAAACAAACGGCUUUAAGCAAUUUACAACUGACUAAAAAGUGCAAAGUGCAAAGUGUAUACAGCAGACGGAUGAUUUAAACUUUUUCCACACACAAAAUGUCAAAAACUUUCAAUAACGUAAUUUUUCAUUUAAAAGGACAGGUUAUACUUUUCUUGAGUCUAACUACGCGUAUAUUACUUCAGCGUCAGCGCGCAACCAACCAGUCCUAUUACCUUUGUUACUAGAAAACAGGGAUGAUCUUUAUGUAGGUAACGGAAGGGAUUGUCAAAGUUUUGUGACGUCACUCAGGGAUAAAUUCGUUAUCCGCCUUCAGGAACCUCACAAUUUGAAAUAUCUCUCACUACUAAGAUGAGUUAGACAGAAACGGCGAAGAAACAAGAGAAGUCUGUGUGUAGGCAACAAAGCUUUUCUCUUCGAAACGAUUGCCCAUAUUUGUCAGGUUAUUCAGAGAUGUGAUGGGCUCCUGGAGAUACCUUUAUUUCUAGUCUCCAGGACGCCGAUUUGAUGACUUUUCACCAUCUUGAAACCCAAUAAGCGUCCGUAAAAUUUAAAAAUUUCUCAGGCCAAUUCCGAUUCCAAGGAGAACUAAGCUGACUGGAAUAGAAAGGUUAAUAAAUCCUUAUCAACCGUCUCUUUUAUCAUUCUCGUAGCCCACGACACAAACGGAACUAAGCUUCUGGUUAAGUCCGUCUGCGAUACAGCGGCGAAAUCCUUGUUCUGGCCCCCACUUAAAUACGCGCCACAAUUGGCCUGAUAAAGAUGCCAAUGUCGAUUUCCAGGUUGACAGGGAAUUCGAAACGCAUUUCUUUUAA